AUCAUGACACUGCCAUUUACAAGCCAUGUACCCUUGGAUAAGAUAUUUAGCCUCUUGGAAGUUCAGUUCCCUUGUCUAUGAAAAAACUACUUCAUGCUAUACAGAAUAGUUGAAAAGUCUGAAUGCAAAUACCUGGCACAGAAUAGGCAUGAAUGCUGGUCACUGUUAUCUCUGUCACCUGAGUGAGCAUCACCUCCACAGGCAGUGUAAAGAGCUCUGGAGAUGUGAGGGAAGUCCCAGUUGUUUCAAACUCUUGAAUAAAUCUCCUUGGUCUAGAAACAUUCUUGAAGAGAUCAACACCUAGACCAGAGAGCCUGCCUCCCACAUUCGGGGCAUUUUAUUUAUAUCCCACAUUGUUCAUAAGAGUAUUUGAGACAGUUUAACUUGGGGAAGAACCCAGGAUCUCUACCCACUCUCGCCUCUAUAUUCCCACCUCAGCUUUCCACAUGAAGUCCAUCUCUGAUCCAGCCACUUACGUCUGUGGGAAUUAAAAGAUUGAAUCUAGUUAAGGGCUCCCCUCCAUCUGGUCUUUUGUUACUUUCCAGAGCUUAGAGCUCCAGCCUGGAACUCAGCAGAUGGGGGGUUAAGACUAAUGCCCUGUCCUAUCUCCUCCCCUCUCCAUUCCUAACUUCAAAGUCUCCAUAAAGCCUGUCACUGCUUCCCUGACCCUACAGUGGCAGCUCCAUCUUAGCUCUUGGCUGGUUCAAAACAGCAGAUGCUGAGCCCUGGCCCGGCUGCUCGCACUCCACUUUUCUAGCCAUCUCCUAGGGACUGGGCUGAAGCCUAGGAGCCCCAGCUGUUAACAUCUGGGGGCAGGAUCAUGUCUGGUAACAAAGGCUGGUGGGUACCACCUGAGGGCGAAGACAGCGUGUCUGAAAAGUUCCUGAGGAAGACCAGGGAGUCUCCGCUGGUGCCUAUAGGCUUAGGAGGCUGCCUGGUGGUGGCAGCAUACAGGAUUUACCGGCUAAAAGCUCGUGGUUCCACCAAGAUGUCCAUACACCUGAUUCACACCCGAGUGGCAGCACAGGCCUGUGCUGUGGGCGCCAUCAUGCUGGGUGCUGUGUACACAAUGUACAGAGACUACAUCAAGAGAACAGCACAGGAUGCCGGGGAGAAGUAGGAGUCCUAUAGGGCCUGGGGCAGUCAGACCCUCUUAAAUCAAUCCCUGGUAUGCUCCUAAUAAAGUAGUUUUGAGGAAAAUCAACGGUUUCUUCUCCACAUGAGGGAGGGCAGA